ACAAUGUGCGAUAAAGUUAAAGUUCAAGAGUUGGAUUCUGCAACGCAGGAGCUGAUAAACUGUAUGUACGGAGGCCAAAUGUAUGCUCGUUUUGGCGAUAGUGGUUAUCUGUUGCCUGCAAGCUACAAUGAUGACGCCGACGACACCAGGAACAUGACGGUUCGGCCUGAUGACGUUUGGUUGACCUCCUAUCCUCGAUCAGGAACAAAUUGGACACUAGAAUUGAUGUGGCUUCUCAUGAAUGACAUUGAUUUCGACGCAUCUAAAAAAACUCCAAUACACAUAAAGCGUAUACUUCUCGAAAGUAAACAUUUGCCUAACAGAGAAUACUUGGAACGUGUAGCAGUAUUUUAUGAGGAAACUAUCAACGGGUCUUCCCCACGGUUCAUCCAGACGCAUAUCGCCUUCUCCCUGCUGCCUCCGCAUUUACUGGAUACAGCUAAAGUGGUAUACAUAGCUCGAGACCCGAGGGACGUCGCUGUGUCAUACUACCAUUUGCACCGACUCCUUUAUACGUAUUCUGGUGAUUUCAAAACUUUUUGGAAUAAUUUCCUGAAUAAUUUAGUUCGUUUCACCCCGUACUUCCCGCACGUGAAGGAGGCCUGGGCGCUCCGCCACCAUCCGAACAUGUUGUUUAUUUUUUAUGAAGACAUGAAAAAGGAUUUGCCCUCGUGUAUUAGACGGCUAGCAGAUUUCCUCAGUAAGGAAGUAACGGAUGAACAAACGGUGAAACUUUGCGAAUACUUAGACAUAGAGAACUUCAAGAGAAAUGAGUCUGUGAAUCCGCCGUGGCUCAAUCAGGUCAACCCCGCCGCCGAGAGCUUCGUGAGAAAGGGUAUACCGGGCGGGUGGCGAGAGUACUUCGACGAAGAGAUGGCGGCGCAGGCGCAGGCGUGGGUGGAGGACAGCCUCGCCGGCUCCCACCUGCGCUUCCCUACUCAUACGGUCUAGUCGCCACUAAGGCUGCCUGUCCACUGAGGCGGAGCGGAGCGGAGAUGUGGGGAAUCAACCAACACUUAUC